AUGCGGCGGAAGCAGAAGCGGCUGCUGCAGGUCGUGGCGCUGGCGCUCGCCGCCCUCGUCUUCCUGCCCAACGUGGGGCUCUGGUCCCUGUACCGCGAGCGGCAGCUCGAGGGCGGCGGCGCGGAGGGCGCCGCGGGGGCUCCGGCCGCCGCCGAGGCGCCGGCAUCAUAUGUGAGGCAAAAGAAAGACCUUUACUUUGUUGAUGGCGAAAGAAAAAAGGACUGGCAUAACAAAGAAGCUAUAAGGAGGGACGCCGAACGUGUCGGAAAUGGAGAACAGGGAAAACCUUACCCAAUGACUGAUGCAGAGCGAGUGGACCAGGCAUACAGGGAAAAUGGCUUUAAUAUCUUUGUGAGCGACAAAAUUUCACUGAAUCGUUCCCUUCCGGACAUCAGGCAUCCAAACUGCAAGAAUAAACUGUACCUGGAGACGCUUCCCAACACCAGUGUGAUUAUACCGUUCCACAACGAAGGAUGGUCCUCUCUGCUCCGCACGGUGCACAGCGUCUUAAACCGCUCUCCUCCUGAGCUGAUAGCUGAGAUAGUGCUGGUGGAUGACUUCAGCGACAGAGAACACCUGAAGAAGCGUCUGGAAGAUUACAUGGCCCUGUUCCCAAAAGUAAGAAUCAUCCGAACCAAGAAGAGAGAAGGACUAAUAAGAACUCGGAUGCUUGGGGCCUCAGUGGCCAUAGGAGAUGUCAUCACAUUCUUGGAUUCCCACUGCGAGGCCAACGUGAACUGGCUGCCACCUCUCUUGGAUCGCAUUGCCCGAAACCGCAAGACUAUCGUUUGCCCCAUGAUCGAUGUGAUCGAUCACGACCACUUUGGGUAUGAGACUCAGGCUGGAGACGCCAUGCGAGGGGCGUUUGACUGGGAGAUGUAUUACAAGAGGAUCCCUAUCCCUCCUGAGCUACAGAAACCUGAUCCCAGUGAUCCCUUUGAGUCUCCUGUAAUGGCUGGAGGACUGUUUGCAGUCGAUAGAAAGUGGUUCUGGGAGCUGGGAGGGUAUGAUGCAGGUCUGGAGAUAUGGGGAGGAGAGCAGUAUGAAAUAUCCUUUAAGGUUUGGAUGUGUGGGGGUCGCAUGGAGGACAUCCCUUGCUCUAGAGUGGGCCAUAUCUACAGAAAAUACGUUCCGUACAAAGUCCCAACAGGAGUCAGCCUGGCAAGAAACUUGAAGCGCGUGGCCGAGGUGUGGAUGGACGAGUACGCGGAGUACAUCUACCAGCGCAGACCCGAGUACCGGCAUCUCUCUGCAGGCGACGUGGCAGCUCAGAAGGAACUUCGCAACAACCUCAACUGCAAGAGCUUCAAAUGGUUCAUGAACGAGGUCGCGUGGGACUUGCCCAAGUUCUACCCGCCAGUGGAGCCUCCGGCGGCUGCCUGGGGAGAGAUACGCAAUGUAGGGACUGGCCUGUGUGUGGACACUAAGCAUGGAGCCCUGGGAUCGCCCCUGAGGUUGGAAAGCUGUGUGAAGGACAGAGGAGAGGCAGCAUGGAACAAUGUGCAGAUAUUCACCUUCAGCUGGAGAGAAGACAUCCGUCCUGGGGAUCCUCAGCACACCAAGAAGUUUUGUUUUGAUGCCAUUUCCCACAGCAGCCCUGUGACCCUCUAUGACUGUCAUGGAAUGAAGGGGAACCAGCUCUGGAGAUACAGAAAAGACAAGACCCUCUACCAUCCAGUAAGCGGCAGCUGUAUGGACUGCAGUGAGAGUGACCGAAAGAUCUUUAUGAAUAGCUGCAAUCCUUCAUCUCCAACACAGCAGUGGAUAUUUGAACACACAAACUCAACCGUAUUGGAAAAAUUUAACAGAAAUCUUGAUCUUUAAAAGACUGAAACAAUUAUAGUUUUUACUGGGGAGGGUUACAAAAAUUUUUUAAGAAUACUUUUUUUUUAAAUAGCUAAUGAAGGUAAAAGGGAGAAUCUCAGGAGAAGGUGUUAACUAGCAGGCCAGUCUUUAUUGUGAAGAUGCUGUAUCCUUCUCUUCUGGGGAUGGUGGAAUUCAAAAGGCUUUUCCAGAGCCACUUCUGUGUUGAGACUGGAACAGAAACUCUGUUUAGAGGAGCCUGAAGGUGAUUCAAAGCGUUUUUUUUUAAACUUUCCUUUUGGGUCUGGUGUAAAUGAUUCUGCUCUCCAUGGCCCUUGAAGUGCAGUACUUUCUGUAGUUGCUUUACCAGCUGCUAAAGCAUUCACACAGAGGCACUUUACCUUCCAAAGUCCGUGUAAGUAAAAUCCUGACACAAGAUUCCAGUCCUCCCACCUUCCAUGUCAUGGAUUUCCCCUUCUCCCCACACAAAAGACAUCAGAAUGUAAAAUGACAUAUUUUUUCUGCCCUAAACCAAAAUAUAUUUUAAACAGGCCUAGUGCUAUUAGAUUCCAAAUGAUAAAGGAGUGUUCCCUAAGGGAGGUGCAGCCCAGUGCUGGAGAUAUUGCUGUGGUUACGAGCAGUGAAGAGGAUGUGUUUCUGGUCCAUUCACUUUGCAGUCAGUUUGCUCACUGAAUCCGCAAGGUGAAAAAUUUGCAGCGGGCUUCU